GGUGAAAGUGAAGCGGUACGUGUCGGGGAAGCGGCCCGACUAUGCGCCCAUGGAGUCCUCGGAGGAGGAGGAUGAGGAGUUCCAGUUCAUCAAGAAGGCGAAGGAGCAGGAGGUGGAGCCCGAGGAGCAGGAGGAGGAGCUCGCCAACGACCCCCGGCUGCGGCGUCAGAACCGGAUCGCUGAAGAUGUGGAGGAGAGGCUGGCAAGACAUCGCAAAAUUGUGGAGCCAGAAGUCGUUGGAGAAAGUGAUUCAGAGGUGGAGGGGGAAGCUUGGCGCCUGGAGCGGGAGGACACCAGUGAAGAGGAAGAGGAAGAGAUUGAUGACGAGGAGAUCGAGCGUCGUCGCGGGAUGAUGCGUCAGCGAGCGCAGGAGAGGAAGACUGAGGAGAUGGAAGUGAUGGAGUUGGAAGACGAGGGUCGAUCCGGAGAAGAGUCCGAGUCAGAGUCCGAGUAUGAGGAGUACACGGACAGCGAAGAUGAAAUGGAGCCGAGGCUCAAACCCGCCUUCCUCCGCCA